AUGGCGACGCGGGUCUUCGCUCUCAUUAUUGGUGUGGACAAGUAUAAGUCAGGGCGUAUCUGGAACCUCGAGUCCUGCGUCGACGACGCGAAGAACAUCAAGCGCUGGCUUACCCAUGACCUCCACGUACCACGGGACCAGAUCUGUCUGCUCCUCGACUCCGAUGCUACGAAGCGCAGGAUCGAGGACAAGUUUAUGAGUCACCUCAUCAAUAACGCAGCUAUCGAGCACGGCGAUGCUAUCCUCAUCUACUUCGCAGGUCAUGGCAGCCGGGUGCACUCCCCCGCUGGCUGGUACCAGCACGGCCUCGGCGAGGUGGAGGUCCUGUGUCCUUACGACCACGACACGCGCGCAGCGGAGGGACGCGUUGCGGGGAUAUCAGAUCGCUCGCUGCACGCGAUGAUCGACGACCUCUCUCGCACCAAGGGCGACAAUAUUACGCUCAUGCUCGAUACCUGCUUUUCGCCUCUUCGGUCUCAUGAAGGAGCGGGCCAACGACAUGUUCGCUACACCACUACUGUCAAGGCGCCUCCUGGCGAUCUCCUCACUGGGCUUUGGCGCAGCGCCACCAUACAGCCAGGCCAGAAGAACGCUAGUCGUGGCUUCACUGGUUCCAGUCACGCUAGCCACGUCGUCUUGGCGGCAUGUGGCUCUGGAUGGUUCGCAUGUGAAGGCAAGUCUGGGGGCAACUUCACCAAUGCCUUCAUGACUCUGAAGGAGCGUGUCGCCCUGCACAAGCUCACUUAUGACGAUUUGACCACCGAGAUCUCGACUCUCAUGGACGGUCACCAGGACGCAGUCUCGCUGGGCAGACACACCGAUCGCAUCCUCUUUGACGGCAUCCCCUUCGUGGCCGAUGCGCGUUACGUCUCCGUCGACGUCUAUGACGACGAGAAGGUGCGGGUCGAGGCUGGCGCCAUCCACGGGAUCAUGGAGGGAACCGAGUUUACCAUCCAUCACCAUAACCACCGUGGCUCCCUGAACCCGUCCGUCGCGCUAUACUCCGCCAUCGAAGUCUAUCCCACCUGGUGUCUCGCGCGAUGCAAAUCGUCUGCCAAGUCAGCGGUGCGCCACGGUUGGGCUCGUAUCACGCGCUGGAACAACCGCACACCCUUCCGCGUCCAUAUCCGCAAAUCCCUCUUCUCCCUUUGCCGCCGCUUCCGUCUACGAAAACAGAUCCCAUCGGAUGCGGAACAAGCCGCGACUAGGGCAGGCCUGAGCAUGUUGCGCGUCAAGAGUGCCACGCAGGCGGACAUAUCUGUCCAGCUUCGCAAGAGAGACCUGGUGGUGGAGAGACACGAUCCUGUCAUCGCCUCGAACGCUCGUCGCAUCAUCCGACUUCCGAGUCGACGAACCAGUGGCGACGUCAGGAUUGUGGAUGACGCCGCGCGUUUCCACUUGCAUCUUCACCGCAAGAAUCCAGAGAACCCGCUGCUUGGUCUCGUGAACAUGGAGCUGUACCGACUGGACACGUCCUCUUGGGAUCGCAUCAGCGGCAACUUGCUCGUCAACGGCAAGGCGGAGAUCGUGGACGACGAGAAGACCUCGAUCUACGCCGUCGUCGUACACAACUACUCCGACUACGACCUCUGGCCCUACCUCGCCUACAUGGAUGCCAGUGGCUAUGGCAUCAACAUGGUCUACCAUCCUAAUCCAUCCAUCUCGAAAGUCCCUCCCCUUCGUAAACACUCGCACAUGGUCAUCGGCUCUGGGACGACAGAGUCCGAGGCUCUCUCGUUUUCCCUUGCAGGUGGGGCGGACGUUGGAGCAGGCUUCCUAAAGUUGUUCGUGUCUACCACGUUCACGCCCAUGAGGUUCAUCGAGCAAGGUUCGCUCGCUACUACGGCCUCCACCACGCCACGCAAUGAUGGCCAUCCGCUCCAUGACGCAGGCACAAAAGAAGUUUGGGAUUCCAUUGUCGCGUGUGUCACUGUCGUCCGGAAGGUCGACAAGGAUGUUUGA